UGUUACCUGCGUAUCUGGACUUCGGCUUUUUUACUUUCAAAUUAUCCAGUUCUGGCUAAGACUUCUGGUAGAUAAGUGAGGAAGACAUAGAACUAAAAAUGAACUCCUAAUAUUUAUUAAUUUAUUCAUGAUCAAAUUAUUUGACUGAUUUUUAAAUCGCAACAUUAUUGUGAGUUCUUGUAAGUGGGCGGAACAUUUGAAUUUACGGCUGUAGUUUCUAGACGGAGCAUAAUAUGCAGCGGACAAACAUGGGAAUGCGGAUUGCUGCUAACCAGGUCAUUUGCUGGACUUUGAGGAAUUCGUCCUUCGUGUUUAGUCUUCCCCACCGAAGAAUACAUCACCCUCCGUGUUUACGCAUCGGAACCAGAAGUCUGUGCUCUUCCUCAGAUCACACUCAUCCUCAGUCAAAUCCGCGCAGCCAUGAAGCCCCACAAUGGUCCUCCAAGCCGGGUACCGAGCUGUCCCCUCGUUCUCUGGUUGACAUGGGCUUCACAGACUCCCAGGCUGAGGAAAUACACCAAUCUGUCUGCAGCAUCAGAGGAGAAGGGGCUGCCAGGAAUGCUCUGUCAACACUCACCACGCUUUUUGUCCUGGGCCUUAAUUCAUCCAGUGUGCUGAAAGUGCUAAACAAAUGUCCUGAACUAUAUGCAGUGAAAGAGAGACAGCUUCAUCAGCGAAUAAGCAACCUGCGGAAACUGGGAUUACUGGAAGGCAGUCUCCAGAGAGUGGUGGUCUACUACCCUAAAAUACUGACUUUGCCUGUAAAGUCUGUAAAAACUGUGGUGCUCCUUCUCAAAGAGAAGUGCCUCUUUACAACGCAGCAGGUCACAGACAUCCUCAGAGACAGUCCAGCCGUGGUACUGGAGGACAAGGAUCAGCUGGUGUACAAGUUCCAGUACGUUUACUUCCGAAUGGGAGUCAAACAGGCAGACAUGGUGAAAUACAGGAUGUUUCGCUUCACCCUCGAUGAGCUGCGCUGUCGGCACGUUUUCCUUGAGCGGCGAGGCCUGUACCAGACCCCAGAUAAGAAAGGACAGACGACCAUCGUCAACCCCAAACUGGACAGCAUCCUGGAUGUGGACCAGGACGCCUUCGUCGCCCGUGUUGCCCAGGCAUCUGCAGAGGAAUACGAUGUGUUUCAGAAACUUCUGGAACGAGAGUGGAAGGAGGAGGAGUUACAGGGCAAGAUAGAAGCUGAUAGUGAUGCUGAAGAAAAUGAAGAUGAUGAUGAUGAUGAGGAGAUUAGUGGUAGAAAUGGAUAUAGAAAGACAAAAAAGAAAUAGCAGAAUACUGUAGAAAAUAAAUUGAUAUUUAUUGUGAAAAGCAAAAAAGAAGUUUAAAAAAAAUCCUUUUUAUUUGCUAUUUUAUAAAAAACGAUAAUAAAAAUGUUAU